GCUUUAGUGGAAAAAUUGAUUGACGUGAGCGUAAUCCAAUGGCUGCAGUUCGCUUAGACUAUUACCGCGAGGGCGGGAUUUCCUGAAAUCAUUCACUUUCCGGCUACUCCACUGAAGGGCACCAGUUUGCUUGAUUGCGCACAGAAAUCAUGGGAGGACACGACGCAGGAACUCACCACCAGUUCACUGGCAUCGCCAAAUACUUCAAUUCAUACACAAUCACAGGCAGGAGGAAUUGUGUGCUGGCCACAUACGCCAGUAUCGCUGCCCUUGUCCUCUUCUUCAAAUUGAAGCCCAAGAAGCAAAAGGCUGUGAAAUCAAGUUAAUUUAUAGAUGUUUUGUGAAGGAGCUAGGGGUGUGGGAAGCUAGAUGUCCUUGUUUUGACUUCAUCACUUCAGUUUAACUAUGUGAAGAAUAAAAAAAGAUCACUUGUACCAAACAGACAUUGUGUAGAAAACUUGUUUUAUUUACAAUUUUAGGCACCUAGCAUUAAAAUUUGUACAGGAGAGUGUUCAUAUGCAACGUAUUUCAAAGAUUAAAAACCAGUUUCUGAA